AUGAAUUCACGUUUCUCAUUCCAGUCAGAUCCAGCAAAUCGCAACCAAAAGAAUAGAGGGCGCAAUGGACAGCUCAAUCGCAAAGACAAGCGCAAAGCCGAGCGCGUAGAGAAGAAGACACAGCAGGGGAGAAAGACGCAUCCAAUACGACCAGUACCUGUGCGCAGCAAAUAUGAGAGGAAAUCAAUGCGAGAAGAGGCAAGCUCUGACGAGGAGGAGGUAGAGGUUGACUGGGACAACGUCACAGACGAAGGCACGCCGCCGCCACCAGCCGCAAAAGAGAAGAAGGAAAAGGUCAAAGAUAAGGAGAAGCCUCAGAAGCCUCUGAAGAGCAUUCUCAAGAAAACGUCGCCGCCGAGGGAAGAGAGCCCACCACCAGCCAAAGUCUCCCGUGCCGUCAAAGAACGAAUAGAUCAGGAGAGUGCGGAGAUUGCUGCGCUAGAGAAGAAGCUGGGUGUAAAGGGCAAGAAGAAGUCGAAGGGCGCCGACGACGGACUCGACGACAUCUUUGGUGAUCUGGGCGACAUUGGAAGCAGCGAGGAUGAGCCAGCAGGAAAGGUCCCGAAGAGGAAGCGAGACGAAGAUGAUGCCUGGCUUGCAAGUAAGAGGAAGAAGGCUCUUGGGGCCGCACCACAGGAGUCUAGCGAAGAUGAGACGGAUAUGGAAGAGUUCAGUACAGACGAGCUAGCAGCAGAACUAGAAGACGGGGAUCUGUCGGACGAAGAGGAGGGUUCUGCUCUAGAUGACUUCGAGUCUGAGGAGGAUGAGGGCGACAACGAGAGCGACGACGAAGCCCAGCCUGUCCAGUCUCGAGUGCGAGAAAAUCCAUACGUCGCGCCUGUCACGGCGGACUCUGCACAACCGACGAAAUACAUACCACCGGCUUUGAGAGGCCCGCCUUCGUCUGAUGCCGAGGCUUUGUCAAGAUUGAAGAGACAGGUGCAGGGUUUACUCAAUCGUCUGUCAGAAGCCAACAUUAUCUCCAUCUUGCGCGAGAUUGAGCAAGUAUACCAGAACAACCCCCGAGGUUAUGUAAAUACCACGCUGGUGGACCUGCUUAUGGGAAUGCUUUCAGAUCCCAGUGGUCUUAUAGACACAUUCCUUAUUCUACAUGCGGGAUUUAUUGCUGCAAUCUACAAGGUCAUCGGGCCGGACUUUGGGGCUCAGAUUGUGGAGCGCAUCGUCUCAGAGUUUGACCAACAUUACCAGACAAACAAGGCUGGAUCUGGGAAGCACACCACGAAUCUCAUGUCAGUCGUGGCAGAGCUCUACACAUUCCAGGUCAUUGGCAGCAAUCUGGUCUUUGACUAUGUUCGAUUCUUCCUCGACGAGCUAUCAGAUAUCAACACAGAGCUUCUACUGCGGAUAGUUCGAGCAGCCGGCCCACAAUUACGCCAAGACGAUCCCACAGCGUUGAAAGAUAUUGUGGUCUUGCUGCAGAAGUCGGUCGCCAAGGUCGGCCAGAACAAUUUGCCAGUGCGCACGAAGUUCAUGAUCGAGACGAUCAAUGACCUCAAGAACAAUCGCAUGAAGACAGGACUCAAAGACAUCCAGGACACUGACAAGAAGGGGAAAUGGUGGAUGGUGGGAGCUAGCUGGCGUAAUGACGUUGUCAGUGAGGCGACCGUAGAAGAUAAAUCUGGGGACUCGAAGUCGCAACAGGCCGGUACAUUGGAGGAGGAUGAUGAUGAUGAUGAUGAGGUUGAUUUGGUACAGCUCGCUCGGGAGCAACGCAUGAACACAGAUGUCCGAAGAGCCAUUUUCAUAUCCAUCAUGUCCGCAAGCGACUUCAAGGAUGCGCAAAUUCGGUUGAACAAGCUCAACCUCAAAAGGUCACAGGAGACAGAGAUCCCAAGGGUGAUCGUUCACUGUGCGGGGGCGGAGAAGACAUAUAACCCGUACUAUACAGUACUUGCUCGAAAAGUCUGUGCUGAUCACAAGACGCGCAAGAGCUUUCAGUUUGCGUUAUGGGACAUUUUCAAGAGCCUAGGUGAGCGACAAGACGGAGCGGAGGACUCAGAUGACGACGAAGCCUCUGCCGAGAGCGACAAUCAAUCGUUGCGGAAGAUGGUGAACCAAGGCAAGCUGUACGGCACGCUCAUCGGACGCAAGGCCCUCCCAAUCACCAGCCUGAAGAAUCUCAACUUCCCCUACCUCCAGCCCAAGACAAAAAUCUUUGUCGAGGUUUUGCUAGUCACCACCAUCCUCGAGUCGCAGAAAGGCUCUAAAGACAAGCGCAACAACAAGGCACUACUGGAAGUGUUUGUUGAGGUGGACCAGGCUCCGGAGAUGAUUGCUGGGCUGCAGUACUUCAUGAAGAAGGCGGUGGUCAAGACUGAGAUCGUAGAGAAGGGAGAGAAGGAGACGGUAGCAUGGGGGUGCAAGGCCGUUAUGGAUAUGUUGACCCGCAUACUGGCAACCACCACCACGAUGGACGAGGACUAG